CACACUGCACAACCAAUUAUCACGUCUCUCUACUAAUCUCCAUUGCAGGGUUCUAGACUUUACCAUACCUCCAUGGCGGGAACCCUCCAAGCUCUGAUUCUUUCACCUCCGGUCACAGGUACGACGUCGUUUCCUCGCCGGAACCUACAUUUUCGACCCAAUAGCUCCCUGCGUUACAGCGUUAACUCUGGGCGAUCAAUUUCGAGGCUCAUCAGAUGCUGUCGACCUUCUGAGCAGUUUGAUGGUUCAAGUGCCGAGAAUAGAUUGAAUUGGGCAAAGCCUUUGGCGACUUUUGCGUCCAACAAUUUUCUUCCAUUAGCUCUAGUCGGUGGAGUAGCAUUAGGACUUGCCAAUCCUAGUCUUGGCUGUUUAGCUGAUAGAUAUUAUCUGUCAAAAUUUAGCACAUUCGGAAUUUUUAUUGUAUCAGGUUUAACUUUGCGGAGUGAAGCAAUUGGUGCUGCUGCAGAAGCAUGGCCUGUAGGAACAUUUGGGCUAUGCUCAAUUCUAUUAUUUACUCCAUACUUUUCAAGGCUGAUACUGCAAAUUCAGCUCCAACCUCAAGAGUUUGUUACAGGAUUGGCUAUAUUUAGCUGUAUGCCUACUACAUUGUCAAGUGGAGUUGCACUUACUCAGCUUGCUGGGGGGAAUUCUGCACUUGCUCUUGCAAUGACCGUGAUAUCUAACAUGUUAGGAAUUUUGAUUAUUCCAUUUUCUGUCUCAAAAUUUAUAGCUGAUGGAGUUGGUAUAUCUGUUCCAACUGGGCAACUGUUUAGAAGUCUUGUUCUCACACUUUUAAUUCCUCUAAUCUUGGGGAAGAUUUUACGAGAAUCAUUUGAAGACUUGGCAGCAUUUGUUGACCAGAACCGUAAGCUUUUUUCAAAGAUCAGUGCACUACUCCUUAGCUUGGUGCCAUGGAUACAAGUGAGCAGAUCGAGGUCUCUGCUGCUGAUGGUUAAGCCUGAAGUUUUCAUUGUAGCUAUUGGAAUGGGAAUGCAUGUCCUUUACUUCAUUCUUUUUCUCUAUUUCAAUUUUAUAGUAACAUUGAGGGCGAAUGCUACAUACUGUCCUUCUGGUAAAGCAUUUUCACUGUACCAGAAAAGGCAAACAUUAGUGACGUUCCUGGGUUGUUUACAAUUUUGGGUGACUGAAAUUUGGGCAGACUGAAAUUUGUUGUCUGAUAGUUGUUUGAAUUGACGGAAGGAUUCUACUUUUAUUGCAGAAUUCUUCAUCUCAUUCUAUUAGCAUUUAACACUGUAGCUGUUAAGAGCCUCUCAGCUGUUUCUGGUGGUAGUCAAUCUGUUUUUUCCAAGAAAGAAAAUUUUGAUGCUGUUCUGCUUGUUGCAAGCCAGGUGACUUGGUUGUCCCAAAGCUAGAUGUACUUAUAUGGAUGAUUUCUUCCCAGCUAAGGAGACACACUCAGAAAUCUGAAAACAUACAGAAAAUAAACACUUUUUGCUAUCUUCACAUACAAAUCUUUCCCAGGCUGGCUUUGCUCCCAAGUAAUGUCUAGGCUUUAUUUUUUGGCCUUGUGCUUUUUGUAGAAAACCCUGCCUGUGAUGGUAGCAGUUGUGGAGCAACUUGGUGGUGCAUUUGGCGAAUCUGGUCUACUGGUUCUACCUUGUGUUGCUGCACAUUUACUCCAGAUUAUCAUGGACUCCUUUCUUGUUAACUUCUGGCUACGAAAGGAUCUUUCAUCAAAUAGUGUCAAGGCGGCCUGAAAUACUGAGAACAAAGACCAACUGAUAACCAUACUUUGAAGAGGCAAUAUACCUUGUUUGCAGAAAUGAUAAAUCCAUUCAUUGUUAUGGAUAGAAACAGCCUAGCGAAUCAAUUGCAUCAUCUGGCCACCCACCCUCUUUAUUUAUGUAUUUAGGUUUUGUUAGUAAGUACUGUACUGUGUUGUAAUUGUUGUCUCUUUCUUUUCUUUUUUUUUUUUUAACAUAGGAAAGGUUUUUUGUUUUUUCUUUUACUACCUUAAAGGUAUAUAAAAAAUAAUUAAAAUUAAUUAAAAAUUAAAAAUUUAU